AACUCGAUCAGCAGCGCGAGUGCGAACAGUGCCGGGUGUGGUCGUGCCGUGGUUGAGUGCUGUGCAGUGCUGUUUGUGAGAUGUCAGGCCUUGCGCCGGCUGGUCCAGCGCGCUGCUAGCGGCCGCGGCAUGGCGCGCCGCGCCGCCCGCGCCCGCGCCCCUCCCUACACUCACGCACCAUGAGCGACCUGCAGGCCACCUUCGAGUUCUCCGUCGAACUCUACAAGUUCUACAAUGUCGAUCUCUUCCAGAGAGGGCUAUACCAAGUCCGCGUGGGGCUCCGCGUAUCGCCGAAAGUGCCAGUGCACAUCGAGGCAUCAGUAUCGAGCAGCAAUGGCGGCGCGCGCGCAGGCCGGCCUGCCGCCAACGCUGCACUCAUCGGUGGGCUGGCCGCCUCGCGCCCCUUCCAGAUCAUGUACCGCAACGAGGAGGUCACGCUCAGGGAUAUCGUGCACUUUAGAGCCCAUUUGCUUGUUGACAGCCGAAACCUAAAAGAGUCUCUGGAGCGGGCGGAAUGGAGCCUUGGUGUGGAGCUGUGGUGCAGCGAAGGCGCUCAGUCGAACACUCUUACGCCCGUUUCCUGUCGUGUGCUGAAGCUCCACUUCCAGCCAGCACAGGGUCUGCACUACCACUUGCCUGUGCUCUUCGAUUACUUCCACCUUUCGGCCGUCUCCAUCACCAUCCACACUAGCUUGGUUGCUUUACAUCAACCAUACAUAAAGAAAAGCAUAAUGCACUACGUGCAAAGUUGCACCCCGCGCUCUAGCAAGCAGUGGGGCAAGCUGAUGAAGAGCGCAGGGUCAAACUUCAACGCUUCCGCCAGCUUUGAGAACUUGCUAUUCGGUUCUGCUGGCAAAUGCGCUGGUGGCAACUCUAGCAAGAUUGCACAUGCUAGACAAGUCCAUGCGGAAAUUUGUGGAAUACUGCUAGGCUCCUUGGAGGGCCUACAGAACGCACUAGCGAUCUGUGGAACUACCGGCGUGAUUUUGACUCCUGAGGAUUCCUCGGUCAAUUCCGUUAUCGGCGAAGUAGCUCAACGAAUAAAGGACCUUAGUAAUGGAGGCAAGAAGUCUGAAGCUGGUGAGGAAGAAGAAUGGGCGAUGGGAGCAGCUCAUGACAUUGCGCGAUUAUGCGCAGAAGUGACGCUACGCUGGCGUGCCUUCCUUCACCACACUUCUGAUCGGCCUCAUGUUCACCAUGCUUUAGCGGCUAGGCAUCAUGCGCUAAGAAUUCAACGCUUCUCUGAAUGCUUCUUCGUACUAGACAAUCCACGUCAUUCAUUAGCUGGAUGCUAUGACAGCAACUACCAGUCGUACCAGAGCGUGGGUGAGCUGGCGCGACGAUCACGUUAUCUUGCGUUGUUACCGCCGCUUCCCGUGCAUUGCAUUGCGAUGGAUGGUGACCCACAUAUCAUGCCAAUCAUCUUUGAAGACAGGUAUCAAGACGCGGCGGAAUUUGCUAGACGCCGGUCAUUACUGAGUUCUGGUGCUAGUAAAUCUGGUAGUGAUCCUUUUUUGUGUUCGGAACCCCUUGGAGACGACUGUGCCUGUAGCAUAAGCUCGAUUAUGGAUUCGAGAAGACCCUCUUCUGAAGCAUCUAGAAUAACGUUAACUUUACCAAUGACAAUUAUGGACGUGCUAGAGCCACAAUUCAAUGCGCCCAAGUCUUCUACUAACGUAGUACAAGCAACACUUACACUAGCGCCGCAGAAAUCAGCUCGUGGAUCGCCAAAAAGAUCUCUAGUCAAACAAAAUGCAGUCGAAAUGAGUAAACCACAUAACAAGCAAUUAGAACUUUCAGGCAGAAAUAGGUACAUCGUACAAAAUAACCAAAUAAGUGAAAUACAACUUCCUCCCAACAGCGCUUUUGCUUCAUGCUCCAUACAGCAAGGGCAACAAUUGUCAAGGUAUUCUGCUUCGACGCUCUUAGACAUCAAUGCAGCAAAGAGUAACACAAUGUCAAGAGCUGGAAAAGUUAAAAACGAUCUAAACGAAAUUUUUCGACAAAAACAUGAGAUCACCAGUGGUGUCAGUACACUUCCAGCGAGACACAGCAAGUCUUUGGAUCAAUUAAGAGUUUCACAAAAUAUAGCACCUGUAAAUAAUGCGCAAACAAUAGCAAACAACGUCAGAAAUAAUUCUAAUACAUCUGUAAGCUACAAUCCACCUUCAAAACCACAUGUAUCUCAACAAAUAAAACCCACAACUCUUCCCCGAAGUGUUACCACUACUGCUUAUCCCACGAGUACGACAACAAGAUGCGGAAAUAAAGGGGAAGAUUACAGAAGAAACAUUAAUGAAUUCAGAGAAAAAUACAAAAACCCCUGCAAUAUGAAUUAUAACCACCAUGGAUUGAAUAAUGAUGUGUUUCAUAGUGUAGGAUAUAAUUACGACGGAGUUAUGAAAACUAAUCCAAAUCAAGUGUAUGGUUAUACUUUCGGAAAUCAGGGUAAUUUGCAGGUGAACAAUAUUAUUCGCAAUCCAUUAGAAUUUCAAAGAGGUUACAACAAUGUAAAUUUACCCCGUCCUAUGUUACCUCCGCGUAAUUCAUACCCACCUGUUAGUGGAAAAAACCAAGGGACUGAUCAAAAUAACUUAAUUUCUAAUAAGCAUGUUCACAGAUCAAACUCUACACAUGUAUUUCAUCAAAAUAUGGAAAGCCAGCAGCAAAUCGAUAUAGAGGCAGCACGCAAUCAAUUGCGCCACGAACUCAACUAUUAUCUCCAGAAAGGUGACUGGAGUUACGAUUUUAAUACUGGUAGCUUAAUCCAAAAUUAUCAGAAAAAAUCAAGUAAAAGUAGUGAUGAUAGUGGAUUUGUAAUGACGCUAGAUAGGAGUAGUGACUGUACUUCAAAGUCUACGUACUCUAAAACGCCUCCUUCAACCCCACACUCUACAUUGCCCUCAGUAAGACACAAGAAGAGCCGAUCCAAAGAAUCAAAGAUAAAUAGUAAUAGUAAAGAUCACAAUAAAAUAAAUUCAAGCAGAGAUUCUCUAAACAGUCAUCAUUCAAUAAGAUCCAGAGAUAUCAAAUCUGAACGACACAUUUCAAAAUCGGAAAGAGGAACACCAAAAUCUGAUAAAACUACUCCCAAGUCAGGAGCGAUCACUCCAAAAUCAGGAAUAGCUACUCCGAAAUCAGGCAGAGCUACACCUAAAUCUGGAGCAACCACGCCAAAAAGUGGACGUUCUAGCGGAAAACCCGAAAAACGUACAAAACACAAACCUUCCGAAAAAAUGACGCAACUGAUGUCAGAAGCUGCUUCCUCUUCAAGUAAUGAAAGUAUACCUUUUGAACUCAGAAGAUUAGAAACAUCUGCCAGUGUCCCUUACAGCCUUGAUCAAGGCCCAGAGUUACUACGACACUGCAGAAGUGCUGCAUCUGUAUUAGACGAACCAAAUUUAAAUAAUACUUUCGGUUCGGAGUCGCUACCAAAUUUAGCACCGCCCCCAGCAUUCGAAUCGCCGCCUCUCGAUAUAGGAGACAAGGAUUUUAAAAUUCUUCCUCCAGAAAAUUUCCUCACAAAAGAAGAAAAAAGAAGUAAAAGUAGCUCAACGUCAAGUUUAAGUGAGCAAAGCGGAUGGGUAUCCAGUGGACGUAGUUCAGGGCCAUCUACCCCUGAUAAUGCUAGUUGUCAAUUAAAUCAAAAUUUCCCUCCUCCUAGCAAUACAACCUCAUCAAAAGUUCAAAGUAAAAAGUAUGACGAUCCAGCCGAUGAGCAUGAAAACACGGAAGGUGAAACAAUUAAUGAUUUCAAAAGAACUGUACUUAAUGGAGAGCAGUUACGUGAAAGACUACUAAAAUUAGCUGUCAAGGUCUCUCAAAAUAAUACUGAAGAGAAAAUAGAGUGCUGUGAUAAAGAAGUAUGUGAGGAAUGUACUAUUUGCAGUGACUCUAUAUGUACAGAUAGUCAAUGCGAAUACAAUAAACUCAUGCAUAGCAGUGGCAUUGACGCUGGAUGUAAUUCAGAUACCUGUACAGCGAGCUGUUAUCAGCAGUGCGAGGCUAAUUCAGCAAAGCUUAGUCAAAGGCAUAAUUCUUUCAGUGCCGGUCAAGGAAAGUCCUAUACUUCUAAUGCCAAAGUAUCUAGUGAAGGUAUGGUUAAAAAAUCUCAAACAAUAGCUGAUAAUCUUCAUCCUUACAUACGCAAAGAAAUCCCUACCAAAAGUCAGAUUCCCAUUAAAUCAAAUACUAUGGCCAAAAUUGUAUUAAAAGAUAGAAUCCAGUACACUGAAAAACUAAUAGCAGCAGAAAUAAGAAAUCUAUCAACAGAUCAUUCGUGUAAAACUCGCGUACCCGGUAAAAAUGUUGUGGCAGGACCAGUGGCUGCAAUCCAAAAAUAUCACGGUAAAGCCAAAUCAGAGAUAGAUUUGGCUCAUUUCAUUGGCGACAAUGAUUACGAACAUCUGCCACCACCACAGCAGUUUAGAGAUGCCCCACCACCACCUGACCAGUUCAAAGACCCUCCUACAAAGUCACCUAAACUGAGCAGGCAAAGCAGCAAAUCAUCUACACCUUCAAAAACCCCAAGGAAGCAACCUGUCCAACCAGCAAGUCUGCAGUUAGACAAUCCCAUGUAUCACGUCUGCGAAGGUGUAAUGGAGAGGCGAAAAAUGAGGCCUCAAAAAUCUAUAAAUUCAACUACACCAUCUACAGCCAGUACCCUGAACAAAAGUCAGAGUACUGGAGAAUUGGCUAAUAGAAAUGAAAAUGGAAGUAUAAAAGGACGUGAGAGUGAUCUCGUAAGCAUCUUUGGGUUGGCUGAAUCUGAGCGACUCUUCUUAAAAUGUAGAGACGAAUUUAGACAGAGUGUGAAAUAUCCCGGAGCUAUUUACUCGGACUUUCCUCCCGUGGAAAACUCUUUGCCGUACUUCCACAUUAGCGACGAAUAUAGGAUGUUUAACCCUGAAGGUUUACAUCUGAUAAUCUGUGUCCAUGGCCUAGAUGGUAACGCAGCGGAUCUUCGCCUUGUAAAGACUUACCUGGAGUUAGGAUUGCCAGGAGCUAGAUUAGAUUUCCUAAUGUCGGAAAGGAAUCAAGGAGAUACUUUCUCUGAUUUCGAUACUAUGACUGACAGACUCGUGCAAGAAAUCGUGACUCAUAUUCAGAAUUCAAGUGAACCUGCGAGGAUUAGCUUUGUGGGUCAUUCUCUAGGGACUAUUAUAAUCCGGUCAGCGUUAACGCGGCCACAAAUUAAACCGUUCUUGGGCAAAAUGCACACUUUUUUGUCUUUGAGUGGCCCGCAUCUUGGUACUUUAUACAAUCCUAGUGGAUUAGUUAAUGCAGGAAUGUGGUUCAUGCAAAAAUGGAAGAAAUCUGGAUCUCUCCUGCAGCUAUCCUUGCGUGAUGCAUCAGACCCACGCCGGUCGUUCUUGUACCGACUGAGCGAACGAAAUCAACUCCAUCAGUUCAAACACAUACUGCUGUGUGGUUCUGGACAAGAUCGAUAUGUGCCCCUGCAUUCAGCGAGACUGGAGUUGUGCAAAACUGCUGCUAAGGACAUGUCCCUAUUGGGUCAGGCUUACAAAGAAAUGGUUCACAACAUGGUGUCUCCCCUUGCCGCCCGAGCGUCUACCGUGUCUGUGGUCCGGUACGAGGUGCAGCACGCUCUUCCGCACACAGCCAGCGCACUCGUGGGUCGCGCGGCCCACAUCGCCGCAUUAGACUCUGAUCUCUUCAUAGAAAAGUUCCUCCUUGUUUCUGCCCUCAAAUAUUUCCGAUAAAACAACUUUUGCACGUAAAUUAAUUGCUAAGAAUUUAAAUUGACAGUUCUGAAAGUGAUUUGUCUUGCUAUGUUAUUUAUAAGCAUGUUAAAAACGUUACAAAGCAUUUUUAGCAUUUAAGUGAAGAAAAAUAACGUUUUUUUUCUUUGGUCUGUUUUGACUACAGUUUAUGAAAUGUGCAAUGGCCUCCAAAAAUAAAUUUGCUGCUUACCUAUCGAGUUCUUAGGUUUUCGCGAUUGUUACAAAUAGGAAAUUAAACUAUUUUUAUGGAUCUCCAUCGCGUGUAAAAGGUAUAACGUGACCAUGGUUUCUUUGAAAAAUAAAUAUACACAGGCGAUUGAGAUCCGAAAAAUAGUUGCAGUCCCUAUAAGUUUUCUACGUUAGGCCCUUUAGAUUGUUUCAUAAUUAAAAGUAAACCCCUUGUUUAGCGGUGAUAUAAGCUCGAGGAAUGUGAAACCAUAUAACGGUAUACAGUGUGAUAAACAUUUAGUCCUACAAACUUACGUAGUGUGAUUAAUCAUGAAAUGGGGAUGUUUAAAAUAUAAGUAGGUAACGUUAAGAAGGAUCUUUACACCAAAUAAUUAAGACUACAAAUAGAAAAUGUAGUUAUUAUAGAUGUUAGUUAUUUGUAAAAUUGUAUUGUGGUGUAAGUACAUGGACGGUAUUAAAGUUGGUAAUUCACAUAAUGUUUCUAUACUCACAUUUGAUGUUUUCUAUUCGGUUUGCUUGUUAUAGAAAUGUUAGGUAUCUAUCUUUGUCACUAACUUUGAAUUACUUACACAAUAGUGUAAAUUUGGAUAUUGUAUAAUC